AUGGCAGAAGCUGCCGUGAACUUCCUUAUUGGGAAGCUCACAAAUUUUCUGGACAAUGAAGGGCAAUUCUUCAGAGAUGCUGAGGACGAAGUUCGCUCAGCGAGAGGACAGUUGGAGGGCAUAAGUGCAUCACUGAGGGUCGCAGAUUCCAUGGAAGAGAGCGAUGAGGAAGUCAGAGAAUGGGUAAAGCAGCUGAGAGAGAUUGCAAAUGUCACUGAAGAUGCUCUCGACGAGUUCAAACUUCUCUCGGCGCAUGAUCAUGGGGUUGGGUUUGCGGGUCUCUUCUGUAGAAUAUCUUGCUGUGUGAAGAACAUGAAAGCUCGUUAUCGGACCAUUUCGCAGAUACGGAACAUCAACUCCAGAAUCAAAAGCUUAUGUGACGGACACCAGAGGCUACGGCACAAGUUCAGUAAAGCUGAACAUGGCCCAGGCUCCAAUUACUCCGACAACACAUGGCAUGAACACCGAGGUAAAGACUGUUUUUCAGACAAAAAUGAGCUUGUGGGCAUUGAAGAACAGAAGAAGCAGCUGGUUGCGUGGUUGGUUGAGGGCACCUCUAGGCCACAAGUUAUCUCGGUCGUCGGGAUGGGAGGAUUGGGCAAAACCACGCUGGUAAAUGAAGUUUAUCAAGAUCCAGAGGUCAAGAAACAUUUCAUGGUAUGUACUUGGAUCAAUUUCUCUGGUUCUCCAAAUAUAGGAGAGCUCCUUCAGGACAUACAUCAGCAAAUCGGGGGGGUGAUCAGACAACCGAUUCCUUGUGGUGCAGACGCCAUGAAUAUCUACUGGCUGAAGAUGUUAAUCAAGGACUUGCUACAGGAAGCGAGGUAUCUGGUUGUUCUAGACGACACAUGGAGGAUAGACGAAUGGGAUGUUGUCAAACAUGCACUGCCUAGCAACAUGUGCGGCAGCCGAAUAAUCAUCACAACCAGGAAUUAUGAUCUAGCACACACCUCCUGUCGAGAAUUCGAGGGGAAGGUCUAUAAGAUGGAGCCUCUGCCAUGUGAAGGACUGCCGCUUGCUAUAGUGGCUAUCGGUCGUGUUUUGGCUACAAAAGACAAGCACAUAAUAGAUGAAUGGGAAUUGGAUCUUCAUAGUCUUGAUACAGAGAUUGACUGCGACGACAAACUCAAAAACUUGAAGAGAGUUCUUUUGCUUGGCUUUAAUGAUAUGCCAUACUACCUGAAAUCCUGCUUCUUGCACUUAAGUUUAUUUCCCAAGGGUCGCUGCAUUAAGUGUAAGAGACUGAUUCGGUUAUGGAUCGCUGAAGGAUUUGUUGAAAAGAAAGAAGGAAAGACUCUCGAGGAAGUUGCUGAGGACUACUUCAUGGAGCUGUUGAAUAGAAACCUGAUUGAGGUGGCUGCUAGACGAACUUAUGGAGCCGUCAAUUAUUGCCGCAUCCAUGAUUUUCUGUGGGACACUGUCACUUCCAAGUCGACCAAUCAGGGGUUUGCAGAAAUAGCCAAAGAAGAAAAAUUUGAACAGCUAGACAAAGUCCGUCGCUUGUCAUUACAGAAAACCCUGCGAGCUCUGCAACAGAACAGGUCCUUGUCUCAACUUCGCUCUUUAUAUAUGUUUGGGAUGGAGAGAUCAUUUAUGAAUAAAGUUCUUGCUAGUGAUAUGAAAAUGCUCAAUGUUUUGGAUAUACUAGCGGCUCCUUUAAAAAGGUUCCCUGCUCAAGUUGCUGAUUGGUGUUAUCUGAGAUAUCUAAGUUUCAGGGGCACUGAGGUUAGUACGGUUCCAACUUCUAUCGUGAAGCUUAAAAACUUAGAGACUCUAGACCUUAAACACACAAAUGUCACUGAAUUGCCUGUUGACAUUUGGAAACUUCAACGACUUCGUCAUCUCCUUGUUUAUCGCUAUAAGCUUAUGCCCUAUUUAAGCUUCAAAGUUGGCUUUAAGGCCCUUCAAGGAAUAGGGGCUUUGCAAUCCCUUCAAAAGCUCUGCUAUAUAGAGGCAGAUGACGCUAAUAGCUGCAGUGUGAUAAUGCUAGUACGAAUGGAGUAA